GUCAGUCGUUCUGCAAGCCGUGGAAAUGGACGGCCAGAGACCGGGUCCGGUCGUGGGACCCAACGGGGAGGGAGGGCCUGAACCGAACCGGCCCAAUACCGCUGCACGGGGAGCAGCGGUUCGAGUGCUUAAGCGAAAUAUGAAACGCAGCGGGAGUAAAAAUUGCCUGAGUCAGAAAUGCUGUUUGGGAUCACGAGAGAAAGAAUGGCUGAGAGAAGACCCCAGCAGAGGAUGUAUCUACGUCUAUGGCACAGACCACACAUCCUCCAUUUGUGAUCUCCACGUGGUCCUCUGCACUGUGGACACCACGGCCUCUGAGAUCCUGCUUAGUGAAGGGACGGACAGCCUGUAUGUACAGCUCAAUGGAGACCUGGUCAGGAGGUUAGAACCUGAAGAACGACCCCUGUACAUCAUCUACAAGUACUUGUCCGAUCUGGGGUUUCGGGACACUGCUCGGAUCCAGGAGGAGGCCGCCCACUCCGAUCUCAGCUGCAUGAUUCGGUUUUACAAUGAGAAGCCAAGUUCUUUGGAGCAGCUGGACCGGAUUCUGCUGUCGGGGGUGUAUAACGUGCGCAAGGGCAAAACCCAGCUUCACAAGUGGGCGGAGAGGAUGGUGGUGCUGUGCGGGACCUGCCUAAUUGUGUCGUCCGUGAAGGAUUGUCAGACGGGGAAGAUGCACAUUCUGCCCCUUGUGGGUGGCAAGAUAGAGGAGGUGAAGCGGAGGCCGCACUGCCUGGCCUUCUGUUCUUCUGAGGCACAAGCGCCCACCUACCACGUCAGCUUUGAUUCUGCAGCAGAAUAUCAGAGAUGGCUCCGCCAGGCAACCAAAGUUGUAUCGCAGAGACUAAGCACUGUAGAUCUCUCGUGUCAAAGCCUGAAGGAGAUUCCCGAGCACCUGUUCUACUGUCAGGACAUCACCAACCUCAACCUCCGUCACAACUUCCUGCAGCUGGACAGCGCAGCCGGGGUGACCAGUUUAGCCAGGUUUUCUCAACUGAGAGUUCUGAACCUGUCACAAAACAAGCUGGGAGACUUCCCCCUCCAGUUAUGCGAGAUCACCACGCUUACGGAGCUGAACGUGUCGUGUAACGGGCUGACGCACUUACCACCCCAAGUUGGGCAGAUGCUCAGCCUGCAGACGCUAAACCUUGAUGGGAACUGCUUGACGUCAUUACCAGAAGAGCUUGGAUGUCUCCAGCAGCUCUCCUGCUUGGGCCUGUCAUUCAACAAUCUGAGUAGCAUACCCCCUGUGUUUGAGAGACUUGGCUCAGUGGACAAAUUGUGCAUGGCUGGGAACCGAAUGGAGUCUUUAAGUCUUCAGACUUUAUACAACAUGCCGCACUUGAAGUCCGUAGACUUGAGGAUGAAUCAUCUUACACAAGUCAUCGGCACCUUGGAGGGAAUAGACAACGUCACCCAGUUUGAUGUACGAGACAACCAACUGACGGCCCUGGACCUCAGAUGCUUGGGGAACUUAGAACAAUUGCACUGCGAACGCAACCAGAUGAAGGAGCUGAUUCUCUGCGGCUUCUCCCUGAGAGCAGUUUAUGCUGCGUCCAACCAGUUGACCUUGGUGAAUGUAUACCUGACUCCUUCCCAGCUGGUUUCUUUAGACUUGUCCAGGAACUGCUUAACGUCAGUGCCAGACUGUGUUUGUGAAGCCAAGAGGCUGGAAGCUGUAGAUCUCAGCUGGAACCUACUGACAGAAAUCCCCUUAAGGGUAAUGGGGUGUCCCAAGUUAAGGAAGCUGCUCCUCGGACACAACCAGCUGAGGAACCUGCCGUGUCCUACUGAUUGCAUCCCUCUCGAAAGUCUGGAUGUCCAGCACAAUCUACUGAGACACCUUCCUGACUUCUUGUUCUCUGUAGCUUUAAAUCUCAGGUUUCUUAAUGCAUCUGCAAAUGCACUGGAGUCCCUGCCAUCCAUGUGUAGUGGAGAGGAGAGCGGAACUAGGCUGCAAGUCCUCUACCUAACCAACAACCAGCUGACCGAUCAGUACGUCCCGUUCUUGACCAUACACGUGAACCUCAGGAUCUUGCACAUGGCUUAUAACCAACUGGAGACCUUCCCCGCCAGCAAACUGAACAAACUGGAGCAUUUGGAGGAGCUGAACCUAAGUGGAAACCGCCUAAAGUCCAUCCCCAGCACUGUAUCCAACCUCAGACAUCUGCACACCCUCAUCGCUCACUCCAACUGCAUCAGCGUGUUUCCUGAGAUUUUCCAUCUGCCGCAUAUCCAGCUGGUUGACUUGAGCUGUAACAGUCUGAUGGAAAUCCCGGCGCCCGAUACCCUGCCACCCGCCCUGCAAGAGCUGGACUUGAAAGGGAACAAUGACCUGGUCCUGGAUCAUCAGCUCCAUGACAUCUUCAGUCACAUCCCCAUCCUGAAAACCGACAACAAGCCGCUGCCUAACGCGGAGAUGGCGCUGCCGUCCAUUCCCUGGAAUCAUGGCUUAGCUGAGAUGUCUGGCCAGAGGAAUAAGCUCUGUGUGUCUUCAUUGGCGGUCAGUGACUUCGCGGAAGGGGUAGAGGCUCUGUACGGCAUGUUUGAUGGAGACAAAAACGAGGAGGUGCCGCGCCUGCUGCAGUGCACCAUGGGAGACGUGCUUCUCGAAGAAGUGCAGCAGUCAAGCUGUGAUACAACGUCCAUAUGCCACACGUUCCUGGUGUCACACAGGAAGUUGGGGACUGCAGGUCAGAAACUCGGUUCUUCCGCCCUCUUGUGUUACAUCGGACACACAGCACCUGAGCACAGCAACAACUUCUCUUUGACGGUAGCCAACGUGGGGACAUGUCAGGCCGUGUUGUGCCGAAGCGGGCAGCCGUUGGUUUUAUCCCGCACGUUCAGCAUUGAGCACUGCCCGGAAGAUCUUCUGAGGAUCAAGGAGCAGAAGGCGAUUAUCACAGAGGAUAAUAAGGUGAAUGGCGUAACCUGCUGCACUCGUAUGCUUGGCUGCACAUAUCUACACCCAUGGGUGCUUCCUGAACCUCAUAUCACAAAGUUACCGCUUACUGUGCAGGACGAGCUGCUGAUUCUUGGGAACAAAGCAUUGUGGGAGUACAUGCCAGUAAUGGAAGCCGUACAGACCAUUCGGCACUUGCCAGACCCGCUUUCAGCUGCUAAGAGGCUCUGCACUUUAGCACAAAGCUAUGGUUGCCAGGAUAACGUCGCCGCCCUAGUGGUUUGUCUUAAUAUUGGAGAGGAUACCUGCACUUGUGAAAUGCAUACUCUGACUUUACCCAGUCCAUCCGGCUUACCUUCCACACCUGCCACAAAGGAAUCUCCAGACUCAGUGACGCCAUCUUCUAGUAGCGGCAUUGCCUCGGAGUUCAGCAGCGAGAUGUCGGUAUCUGAGGUGAGCAGCGAGGUGGGCUCCACAGCCUCCGAUGAACACGCCAUGGCUGGAAUAGAUGGAGGCCUCAUCCUCAGGCCAGAACGGCGGUGCAGUCUCCAUCCGGUUCCUUCUGCCAGCACUUUUCAACGGCAGCCAUCUUGUGCCACUUUCUCCAGCAACCAGUCGGAGAAUGGUCUGGACAGUGAUGACGACCUGCAGGCUGAGGGCCUUCAUACUGGCAGCAGGGUGGAAGUAGAGGUGGAUAUUCACUGCAGCAGGCAGCACUCCCCCGAGCCUUCUGCCCUGGGCACGUUUCAGGGACUGGAGGAGGAUGAUGGAAUUUCAGUGCAGAUCCUACAGCAAAACAGCAUCAAUCACAGCGCAACGUCGGGCCAAGAGAAGGACGAGCUACCCUCUUCAUCCUCCGGGUCUUGUCUCUAUUGGAAGAAACACUCCAAUGGGUCUGUUGUGCCCUUGGAAGAAAUCCUUAACCUCAUUGAGGUUGCCUCUGAGGCUCCUAAGAGAAAAACUGGCUACUUCUCUGCACCUUCACAGCUGGAACCCGAGGAUCGCUUCGUAGUUCCUCCGCAUCUGGAAAACGACGUUCGGCAGCAGUUGAAUGACUUAGAAUCUGGAGCCGAAGAAAGAGCCAAUGCCCUUGAGGAAUAUGAUACUGCUUUGUGACCGGGCGAACCCAAGAACUUCGGUGGCGGGGCCACAUCAACUGGCCCCAAAAUUGCACAUUUCUCAAUUCUCACUCCUGUAACGUGCGGCAGAUGGAUUUGCCAAUCACAACAUACCUCUUGUACCUUCCCCCAUUCGGAGCCAAAUGUUUUUUGUUUUGUUUUUGUUUUUUAAUUUAUUAAUGAAUUUAAGUCCUGGUUGUUGAGCCAAUGAACAAAUGUGAAUCUAAUCCAGAUAUUUAUAUUUUUUAACCACUUGGUCCCAUUGAAGGUACGAUGCAGCCAACUAGGGUGUGAUCCAGUGGAGGUACUUGAAGAUGACUUAUCCACCUUCCAGAUAUAGUGGAGGAGGAGCUCGUUUGUCUUGGGGGGGGGGGGGGUCAGAUUGCCCUACAAUACACUGACGAGUCCUAACGUGGACAGCAGUCUUUCUGCCCUGUCAGAGCCAACUAUCUUAAUACCCCAGGGGUAAGUGGCAUACCCAGAA